GGGAGAAUCGAACCCACGAAACCACGAUCAAUUAAACUGUAGACCAAAACAAUAACCGUUUUGCUGCGAAUGAAAUCAUUGCAUAAUCGAUUCUAUAGGUUUGAUAAUAUAGCAUGAGUAAAUUCUGAAAAGCCCUAAAUCCCCUUCCCGCGCCUUUCUCUCUUCAAUUCUGAAUCUCCUUCACCGCCGUCUCUCCCAACAAGAUGGUUCAGCAAUGGGGAAUCAAGUUCGCCGUCCUCCUCAUCACCGACCACUUCGGCAAAAUCGUCGCUAAUGUCUGCGAAAAACUACUUAAACAAGGACCUCUCACUUUGGACCUCCUUGUUCGCUACACCGAACUUUCAACGGUGCAUGUUAAGAAUUCAUUGCUUGUAUUAAUUCAACAUAAUUGCGUUCAGCCAUUCCAUUUUCAAGGUGUUACGAUUGAUGAAUCGAAAGUUAAGACACAAUACUUGGUGCUGUUUGAUAACAUAUUACAUCGGGCGAGAUUUCCAAAAUUCAUGGAGAUAGUGUCAGAGGAACUUGGUGAUAAAUGUGCACAGAUUUUCAAAGGAUUGCUCCACAAUGGUAGACUUAAUUUGAAACAGAUGGUUGACAGAGCAAGUCAAGAAAAGGCAGAGGCUGAAGAUACUGUACGAGAGAGCCUUUGUAAACUUCUGAUGGCUCGAUAUGUUGAACGCUGUCCAAUCCCUGAGGUUUCGAUAGUUGAAGAAGUAGAUGAUAAAAAGAAACGUGGUUCUAAGGCUGCCAAGGAAUUCAAAGCACCAGUGACAACAGAAGAUCGUGUUAGAGAAGCUGCAACGCAUGGGGAUACGGCCAGAUUUUCACUCACUGCAGAUACAGGAUAUAAUAGUGACGAAGAAACAAAGCCAUCUGAUAUAAGUGUUGCAGAAAAUGUUGCAAAAGAGGAGUCAACUCUUUGGCGUGCAAAUUUUGAGGAGUUCAUACGUUAUCUUAGGGAUAAGGCAUUGAUUGAGAAUGUAAGAACACGAAUGGAUGAUGGAGCUGCUACCGUCUUACGUGCAAUAUUGGAGGCAACAAGAAAUAAGGAGAAACAAGUGAAAAUAGAAAAAUCAGUUCCCUUACCACUGGAUACAAUUUUCACAGAGGUGAUGAAGACUGAAAAUGGCCGAACUAUGACCAUGGAUCGUGUUAAAGCUUCCCUUGUUCAGUUGGGUUGUUCAAAUCAGAUGUUAUAUGAAUAUAUUAUUGAUUUAGAGCACAUUAUUCAUUGGGCUCGUAAUGAAGAGGUUGAGUCAAUUGUGUUAAAAAGGUAUGGAAGGGAUGCCUACCGAAUGUUCAGGUAUCUGUCAAAGGCAAAACAGUUUUGUCCAACAGAUAAGAUUGCAGAUGAUACUCUUGUUGAGAAAAAGGAAGCUCCAAAGUUACUGUUCAAGUUAUGGAAGGAAAACUACUUGCAAAUGGAGAAAGUAACUGUCACACUCUCCGCGGGAAAUACUGGUAAAUUAUCAACUAUUUAUAUGUGGCAAGUAAAUCAGCCUCUGCUUUGGGAACAUGUUCUGGACGAGCUGUACCAUGGUGCCUUAAAUUUGAAACUAAGAAUAGCUUUUGAGCAAGAAACUAAUGAAGAGAUUUUAAAUAUUCCUAAGAAGAAGAUUAACGACUCCGAGCCACUGCGGAAGAAACACAGACGGCUACAAAAUGUUAUUUUACUCUUGGGAUCAUCAUUGAUAAAACUUGAUGAUACUAUUAUGCUUUUCAAUGACUUCUGAGUAUAAAUUUUGAGACAGUUACUGCGACUUCUUCAUAGAGGAAUAACAAACUUGAUAUUUUAUAAUUGAACAAUACUCCAAAUACAAUACUUGGAGCAUUCACAUUGAAUUUAGCUAACAAUAUGGAUUUUGAUGUAAUUGAUUGGUAAUUAACUUUUAAGUAUUAGAUAUUUAAUUUUUUUUUUGUUGGA